GAGGGAGGUGGAGUGUGUGGAGACAGCCGCUGCGGUGCAUUGUCAGGCUGAGCGCACGCAGGAGAGGGAGACAGAGAGAGAAUCCCCCAUUUUAGCUCAACAAUAUUACAGCAGUGCAGCGAUAUCUACAACAAUGGCAGUCUGGCACUCUCAGCAUUGUGCUAUCGAUCCAAGCAGUGGAAACCCAAUACAUGCACACGCUCUCUGAUUUUUAUUUUAUUUUAUUCAUUAUUUUGCAUGUAGUUCUCAGAUGAAAUUGAGGGGGGAAAUCUGCAGAAAUUCUCACUGAACACGCUCAGUGGUGCAGGCACACUGACUUACUAACCGGAUCUCUUCUAAGACACCGCACUGGAGACGGAGAGCACGAGUGAGGGAGAGAGCCAUCGAGCAAGCGCAAGAGGAGGGGAGAGGAACAGAGAGAGCACAGCAGAGUAAAAAGAGGAAAAAAACAGAGGAGGAAGAAGAAGAAGCAGAGAGAAGGAGAAAGUCGCAGGAGGAAGGAGGAGGAGAAUGCUCGGUGUCUGGGCAACACUUCCACGCUUGUGUCCAGGGCCUUUGUGAAUACACCAUGGGAUGCAUCGGCUCCAGGAGACUGACGGCAGAUGGCGUGCCAGUCCAGAAGGAUGGGGAGCAACAUGGACGUUCAGAGUUUUCAUGGGAAGGAAUCAAUCUGUCCAUGGAGGACACCACAUCAAUCCUGCCUCGACUCAAGAGGAACUCAAAUGCCUAUGGCAUCGGGGCUUUGGCUAAGUCUUCUCUGUCAGGUGUGUCAGGAGUCACCCGCACCAUGAAGGAAAGAGUAACCAAGCCCACAGCGAUGGCCCAGGGCCGUGUUGCUCACAUGAUCGAAUGGCAAAACUGGGGCAUGCAGACGGUUGGUGCAGGAGGAAUCCCCCAGUCCCGCAUCAGCACCCAAGAACGGGAAAAAGAGCGGCGGGCGGAGAACGACGCCUACAGCGACCUCAGCGACGGAGAAAAGGAGGCUCGGUUUGCUGCAGGCGUCCUGCAGCAGUUUGCUAUCUCAGAGGCAACGCUCUUGGCGUGGUCGUCGAUGGACGGGGAGAGCCCUCGGUCGGGUUCAAACCAGGGCAGCGUGGCUCACCUGAGUGAGGUCAACCAGGAGAGCAUCACCAGUCGAGAUCAGAUAUUACACCAGUCCUCAGCAGAGGUGUGGCCUCACACGUACGUCUCCCAGGGCCACUACUGCCUCUCGUCCUCCGACGCCUGGGAACCGACCAACAGCGACCCUUCGGGCGUGGCGUCUCCCCCAGCUGGUUCCUACAUCAUGGGGACGGACGGCUACGAUGGGCAGGCGGCGGCUCACUUCCUGUCCCAGCAGCAGCAGCAGCAGCAGUACAACCUCCAGCAGCAGAGCCACCUCCAGCAGCUGCAGCAGCUCCAGCAGAUCCAGCAGUACCAGCAACAGCAGCUCCUGCAGUAUCAACAACAACAGGCUCUGGAGCACCGGCUGCACAGUGCCAACCACUCUCUGCAGGCGACACCCAACAGCACCAUCCACAGUCUGGUUCAUCAGGUCCACCCUCCGCUGGUUGAUCUGUGGAACACGGGGCAGAUGGAGGCCUAUCAGUCGGAGGCCGGAGGCUACAUGGGCGUGGCGGCGGUGGUGGAGGCGGGCCUGUGUGUGCCGGCGGCGGAGGAGGUGGUGGGAACCGAGCACUCCCCGCUACUGGAGCAGCAGGAGGAGGAGCAGCUCAAGGAAGAAGAUAUAACGCUGGCCCUGGAUCAGGAGUCGGCCAUGUUGACUCCGCCCACGCAACAAGGAGAUGCCUCUGGAGGCAGUAGUCCGGGGCAACCGCCAGCUGAGCCAAUCACAGAGCGGAAGGCCUCCGAUGUCACCUCUGGUCUCAUUCAGAUGCUGGAGGAAAAGGAAGAGGAAGAGGAGGAAGAGGAGGCUAGGCCACCUUCCUCCAUGGCCACCAACUGAGCUCUUGAUCGUUAAGACUCCUGAACAGAAACUAACCUGGGAGUCGGCGAGGGACGAGCAACAUACAACAAUAUAUAUCUAUUAAUCCGUUCCUUUUCAGGUAUCAAAAACUUUUUGUUGUAAAGGUGAAUUCCUUAAAAUGACUCACAGCCAGACAGGAGAUCAUGCAACAAAGGACACCUCUGUCUUUGCAAGCCUUACGCCCUGAAGGUUUGAAAAAUAGAGUUAAAACAUAGCAGAGGAGGAAGAGGAGGAGGAGGAGCAUUUCCAAAGGGGGAAAAGAAACCAGACUGUGAUGAAGAGGAGGGGAAUGGAAACAUGCAUGCUUUUUCUUUGAAGACCAACAACUCAAACCUGUCUUUGUCUUAUGAUGAAAAUAAAAAUCUAACUUACAUUAGCAUAAUAAGAGGAACAAUUUUUGUAAUAAAAAAAAAAAGAAAAAAAAACAGCAAGCGAUGUAUAAGUGUGUGAUGAGAUCUCACAGGUUUCCUAAGGGAGAGCUGCUCUGUUUACAGCCCUUACUUAACACAUUCUUUAUUUCUUUCUCUUGGAUCAAACACGUUCACCCUAAUACUACAAAAAGCAACCCAAGCAAUUUCACAGAUGCUUUAAGAAGUCUCAGCAUUUCGGUGAAAUGCAGUUUAACUCGUCUGAAAUCUAUUCUCCUGUAACUUUGUGGCACAACCCGGGGCGAGCCUGCUCGGCUGACUGCACACACCCAACCCUGCACAGAUAAGGAUUGUACUGUACUAAGAUAGCGUGCUUCCUACUCUGUCUCUCUGUAUGCAUGUCCUUCAGAGUACCACAGAGUACCUGUAACUAUAAAGCACUGUAAAAGACUUUGCACUGAACAGUUCCAAUCCCAGGAGGGAGUCCCCGAAGGAGACGGCUGCAUACGCGACUUUAGUUGGGUUUUUUGUUGUUGUGAAAUGUGUGGGGGUUUUUUUGGGGUUUUUUUGCACUAAAGCAAUCCAGCAGAUCAGAGUUUGCCUUUGGACUGUUGGCUCGUUCCUCCCUCUGACAAACCAAAACCACCCGAGCCGCUUCACGAUGCAGGAACACUCAGCUGCUUUGUUUUUCACACAGAUCCUGACACACAGAGGAUGUUGACCACUAUUCUGAAUGUACUGGACGACUGGGAGGAGGCGCCACUGGGUCACUCAGAGCCACUCCGUACACACGGACACGGGAAUAUCUAAAUUGUAACCAGCAGUAGGCAGAGGAAACACUGGCCUUCCAAAAAAAAAAAAAAAAACGACACAAAAAAGACCAGUCCAGCUCUGUCGUUAAGAUGUAAAUACAAUAUGUAGUAAUUGCCUCUCAGUCAGAGUCACGGCUGUUCUUUUGCAGUAUGAUUUCUUUAUUUUUCUACACCUCUCUGGUCCUAAUUUAUUUUUUGGGGACUGCGCUCAAGCUUGCUCAGUUUUUUGUUUUGUUGGUUUUGUUUACUGCUGCACAAUUAAAUGUGAAAUGGACCGUGCAAUCGAUCAGACUGGAAACCAGUUGGUUGAGCUCAAUCAGGUAACAGGACUGAAGACUCGAGGUGAAACAAGACUGGUGUCUUCCUGCUCAUCGUUACUACUGUGAAGCAGCUGCCUGGGAGUGUGGUUGUGAUGUGUGAGGAGAAUUUUUUUAUUUUCUUCAGUGAUUUCAUUUUUUUGCAAUUAAGAAAGAGUGUAUGUUUCCCAGCAGGAGUGGGAGCUGAACAGCGGUGGCGAACUCUCUGCGCACGUCUACUUGCGUCUUUUUACCUUCUGGGAAACACCUUCUCCCACUUUGAGGACUUUGCAAGACACUUUGAAGACAAAAUCAGCAGUUUAUUGACUUGAAUGAAUUUAUUUAUUGAGUGCUUCUUUAUGCAAUGUCGAGGGACAAUAUUUAUUUUUCUACUGCCUUGUUGAGAUCCCUUCCAGUAUAAGUUAGGAUAGGUGUCAGGGCUGUAACGCAGACUUGUUUUGUUCUGGUUUUGAGCUCCUUUCUGCACAGAGAGAAUAGACUGAUAGGUUGGCAGCUCCCAAUGUGAAAUAAUUGAACACUGCCUUGCAAAAAUAUUUACGACCCUUGAGGUUUUUCACAGUUUACAUCACUUCUGUGUAUUUUAGCGGGGUUUUAUGUCAAAAAUCAACACUAAGUAGUGCAUAAUAGUGAUGUGGAACAAAAACAGAAAGUGAAUUUUACAAACUUUGAACAUACUGGAAGCUGAAAGGCAUAGCAAGCAGUUGCUACACUUAUUUUCUGUCUGUAGAUGCGCAAAGCUGGUAGAGACAAAUCCUGAAAAAUUUGGUGCUGUAAUUGAAGCAAAAAAUGGUUCUACAGAGCAUUGCAUGCCACACUUUGAAAUGUAUCAUGUUCAAGAGUUCAUGAGUUGAUUUAUUCCAUAAAAUAAAAAGAAAACCCAUAUUGACAUGGGUGCUGAAUACUUUUGCAAGGCCUCGUAGACUGAAACCUAGUUUGAAAAGUUGUAAGAACGUAUUAAGAAAACUCAAACCCACUAACAGAACAUCUUUACACCAUGACACAUUAAUUUAUUUAUUGAGCAAUUACUUGGUAGGGAGAAACACCUUGAUGCUGUACAGAGGCUGUUACUUCAUGUAGAUAACUCAUUUAGGAGCGGUAUCUUUUUUUUCUUUUAGUUUAAGAUAUAAUAAAGUUGAAAGAUUGAUGCUUUUGUUUGAGACGAAAGCCUCACAGCUUAUUUGGGCUCGACUGUUUGCUUUUAAAAACAGAUAUUUCAUAGAGAAAGACACUGCUUCUCUUUGAGUUUUGUUGCUUUUUUCCCAUUUUUUUAAUAAAACAAAACAUUUGUUGAUCUCGAUGAAUGAAUAAAGAGAUAACAUGAAACCAAAUAUACUUCUGUGGAUGUUAAAGGUUUACUGAUCAUGUCUUUGUUAUUAACUUCAUUUGGUUUCCUCCUGUUUUUGUGUAAUCGCCACUGCCGUCUCUGAGGAGUUUCAGUUACUUUUCUGCAGGCAGGAUGGUCAAAUAUCUGCCUCCGACCCUCUGCCUUUCUCCCUCUCUUCCUCUCUGUCCGUUCUGUAUACUUGUAUCCGUGUGUAUGUCUGUAUGUGUACAGUUAAAAAAAAAAAAAAAGUCCACUGUCUUUCUUGAAAAAUUCACUGCCUGGAACAAUAAACUUUUCACAUCAGUCAAAGAGGGUUUUGAAGCCCUUGAUGCAUAAAAUUUGGAGUUGUGUGGUGAGAACGGCUGUAUAAAAAAACCCCCCUGUGUAUAAAAUCUGAUGGCUUCUGUAAAACGUCUGCAUAAAACUGGAUUUGUCUUAACUGAGGCAGUGUGACUGAUAACACAACUAUGCAUGCUUGUAGGACGGUUCUCACAGGUCGGCUCUUCCAUGUGGUUUCCCCUCUCUCUUCUGUCCACAGCUCUCUCUUUCUUCCCCCUGCACGAUGCAGCCUCCUUCACCUUCUCCGGCUCUUCUACCUGUCUCCUUUUAUUUUCCUUCUGGUGGAGAAAGAGCAAAUAAACAGACCAAACAAAUUGUCUUUUUCUGC